AUGGGGAAACGCAAAGGCUGUUUCGAUUGCUCCCGGCGUCGCAUCAUAUGCGACAUGACAGAGCCACACUGUGUAAAGUGCGCAAAGAGAGGGAUCGUCUGCUCCGGUAUGGGAAUUCGAUAUCGCUUUAGUCCAGGAAUUGCGUCGCGAGGGAGGUUCAAGGAUCGACAGAUACCCGUUUUAGAUACCAGCGAGGCGCGUGGCUCUGGAAAUCGGAAAGCAUUAUCAAGACGGAGCGGAUCCGUUUCGCUGGUGAAUCCGAAUUUUGUCCAAAAGACAACUCGUUCUCCGUCAACAGUCCAGGCGAGAUUCGCAUCGAUAGGCCCGGUGGACCAUAAUGUUGCCUGCCACGAGAAUGAUGACGAGAGGUUAAUGUAUCUUCAGCGGCUACUACCGGAAAUCCAGAUUCUAGACGGGAGGACACACAUGCUCUUUAAUCACUUUUCGGCUUUCGUCGCUUCUGCCCUGGUUCCACUCGACAGCAAAUUCAACGGUUAUCGGCGUAUCCUCCUCCCAUUAGCACACCAAGAUCUAGAGGUUAGGAGGGCGGUUUGCCUCGUCUCUGCGUUGCAUCUCAGUUCAAAAGUUCCAGAAUUACGGGAAGCAGCGAAUGCAGCAAGGUUAGCAUCGAUCUUUGGCCUUAAACGAUUUGUCCGUGAGCAUGAUCGGAGUGAAGUUCUGAGCGUCUCAAAUUGGGCUGUUAUUAUUUUACUACUAGCUGGGGAGAUGAUACGAGGAGGUUCUGAUUUUAGCUAUCUCCUGAAAAUGCUGAUGUCCUUGGUUGAGGCGAGAGGACCGCAUGACGCGGACUCAGACGUGCACUCGUUCUUGAUACACGAAACAAAGAUGAUUGAACUGUUUGGUCGACCGUUUCUCGGAGAAUCCGAAGGCAUCCAGGCACUCAGCAGGGGGGUUGAAUCCUACCGCGACUUCAUUUCCCACGCCACCCGGUAUGACGGGACUUGCUCGCAUCAAAUUAGCGUUUCAUUACUUAUCGCCGCUGUAUCCUUUGCAACCGACAUCUACCUCCGACGCGCACUCAGUCAGCCUGCUUUCCCAAGCUCGACUUACGACUGGGCAUCCCAUUACCAUUACCCUUCUUCUACGCUUCCAUCCUCUCCGUCCAUAAGUCUACAGCAUCUUAUAAGCCUAGUGUCUGGAAUCUACGCUCACACGCCCGGUUCUCAUUCACUCGUAUGGGUGUAUUUCAUCGGUGCAGCUGAGAGUAGCACUGAAGAAGAUCGGAAUUUCUUUACGACAAAGCUGGAAGAAUUGUACAGGACUAUCGGAUUUGAGAAUAUUAUGAUUGGCCUAGGCAAUUUGAAGGAGCUGUGGGCCAGCGGCGAGAGACAGGGGAAAGGAGGUGAGAGAAUAAGGUGGACGGAAAGACUGCCACGGGUAGAGUCGUUGGUUAUGUAA